AUGAGGUUUGAAACGCACCACAUGAAGGCAAAUACUGUCAUUCGCCUCCUUCGUCCCUAUCCCUGGCAAUUAUCUUCUUCUGUUGUUUCUGAAAAACAACAACAUCGAUUGAUCCCAAGAUCACCACCGGAACUUCACCGUAGCCAAGUCAAAACAGGGACCUUAAAAAACCUUUCCAACCGCACCGGCCACGCCCGCUUCGGGGGGGGGGCGAGUUGCACACGUUCCAAACCCCAACCCAGGCCCCCACCGCAACCAAAACCCAAACCAAAACUCAAGCCAACCUCAAACCCAACAAGGGUUCGUCACUGUGGGAAUUUCUUAAAACCAUCCAUUUCAACUCUAAGCCCGCAACACAAGAGAAAAACUCUACCUCAAUCUCCCCAAACCACCACCACAUCCGCGUUCACUUUUGAUACCUUCGUCACCAACGACGCCAGGCGUCUCCGACGGAACAGAUCGUGUUCACUUUACUCCCUCCCUCACGCACGCAAAAACCUCUAUUCCUCAUUGCCCACCGGAAAUACAAAGUGCCGGCGACGCCCGCGCACUCCGCCAAAACCUCCUGCCCAUGUCCAAGAAAAGGACAAAUCCGACGCGCGUGUUGAAACUAAUCCAUCAGAGGUCCGGCGAUUAAGUCCAAGAUCGCCGACCUCCCGGGCCGGCCGAGUGAUACAGACACGUGGGUACUACAAGUGCAGCACCGUCAAAGGGUGUCCGGCGAGGAAGCACGUGGAGCGCGCGCAAGAUGACCCGAAGAUGCUGAUAGUGACGUACGAGGGCGAGCACCGUCACGCGCUUCCGUUGCCUGCCGCUACCGGCGGUGGUUUCGGGCUUUGA